AUGGUCACCUGCAGCCAGGAGGCACAGGAGGGGCCUGGGGAAGAAGCUGCCCUUGUCCCCACCCCCGCCCCCAUGGCUGGACUGGCUGCUGUCCUCUGCAGCUUUGCCCAGUGGGAGGAAGGAGCUUCUGGGCUGCCUCAGCAGCUGCCUGCCCCCACUACUGCUCCCAUCACAGACCCUCAGACCUUUGCACAGAGAGCAGGGGAGCACUCCAUGCUGCUGUUCUUAGGACCACUGAGGCGGCCAGGAUGGAGUUGGUUUGAGCAGACGUCACAUCGCUGCACAGACAGCCCCGCCCGCAGCCAGCCACAACCUCAACGUCGAGCGGGCGGGGCCGACGCUCCGGGGCUUGGCCAGGACCGCCCCGGGCAGGGGCUUUGGUGGCGGUGUGCCAAGACUGGGGCACGACACGGUGGCCGAGGUGGGUGUGAGGGCCGGGCGCGCCAGACCUUCUCGCUGCCGGUGCAGGCGAAACCCCCACUCUCGGAGGCCGGGCAUCACACCCACUCUUCGCACCCGGGCCUCGCGAGCGCCCCAGUCGCGUCCCUCGACCCCAAUUGGGCAGGUCCUCGUGUGCCUCGGGGGCCUCGCCCUCCCAGCCCCGUGCGGGUCGCUGCUCCGGGCCGUGUGAGUUCCGCAAGGGCACUAGGGCGCGCCGCGAGCCGGUCCUCCAGCGCGCGGCGUGGAUGCCCCCGAGCCGCGUCCUGUCGGCCAUGCACGGCUGGCGGGACCUCCAGGAGGUCGUGGGGAGGCGCAGCGGCAGCGACGUGGAGUGGACGAGGCUCCGCGCCCGCAUCCUCCCACGUGUCCCUUCAACUCCUAGAGAGAUCCGCAGAGCCUCAGCCACCCAGGACCACUUCUGCUCCAAAGGAGUGUGGUUCUCUCCAGCUAUGCCCUGGUGGACCUUGGAUGACUAGAACCGUGGUCGUCCCCCUUCCCGAGAGUCUCACCCUGUCACCCAGGCUAGAGUGCUGUGGUGUCACAGCUCACAAGAACCUCAGACCCUUGGGCUCAAGGGCUCUGCCUGCCUCAGCCUCCCCAAUAGCUGGGACUACAGGCUCCUGUCACUACAACUGGCUAGUUUUGAAAACAGGACUUUCUUCCAGCAUGAUUGAUACAAUAGGGAACAAUUUGAGCAUAAUUUGGAUCUCACAAGAAACAGUAGGUGAAGGCAGAAAACUGUGCCUCGGUUGGAAUACAUAAAAUGUGCUCAGGCACCCCUCAGACAUCUACCGGCACCGGCAUAUCACACCUACCUCACCUGGCAGAGGUCCAGGCAGCCCUCCUCCCUUCCCUUCACACAGCUCACCCAGAAGGUCUUUUCCCAGGCAAGUGCUGUGUCUACUGUAAGCAUGGAGUUCAUAACCAAUUACCAUGGAAAACAGCGCUAGGGUGGUGCCCUGCGUACUUUCCCAUGAGCCCUGUGUGCGCUUCUGCACACCACGGUGGGGUUUAGGGAUGAGGAUGUUGCGUGAUGGUACCACUAAUGAUACAAUCAAUUUCAAAUUUCAUUUGUACCUAAACUAUUUGCUUGGAACAAGGUAAUGUAAUGUGUGUACUUCUUCUAACUUUGGUAUGUUUUUCUUUUUGUUUUCAGCCCAUUCUAAGCUAUGAGGACUUUUUUUUUUUUUUUUUUUUUCCGGUAGAGACAGAGUCUCACUGUACCACUCUCGGGUAGAGUGCCGUGGCAUCACACGGCUCACAGCAAUCUCUAACUCUUGGGCUUACGCGA